AUGCCGGUGGUGCCAGCUUUGGCGGAGGGUGCCGGCCAACUGGAGGACCUUGACGAGCCCCCAGAGCCUCGUGUACGCAGUGGAAGCGGAAGGGCUAGCCUGAUGAAGCCGUUGGUCGUCCUCGCGCUUCCGGGCAUGUAUCUUUUCUACAAGUACAGCCAAUACAGGAGGGAGCAACGCGAAUUGUCUCGGAGACGUAUCACCGAGAGGGAACUUCAGCAUCUUCAUCAUAAGAUCGUGAGUCAGUCGCAGAUUUGGCAUGGCCCGUGGAAAAUGAAAAUGGAAAAAGUGUCCCUGUCAGGAUGGCUGCCAAGCAGCAAUAUUCACGGCUUGCGGAUCGACUGGUCGGAUAGCCUGGAUAUUUGGUCU